AUGAACGCGACCCGCUCUCUACAGCGACUUUGUCGCCUCGCCUCGCGCCCUUCCAUGAGGAGCUUCUCUAGCUCCAUCCCGGCCCUGUCAUCGGCGCAACCUCCGCGGGGCUGGACCCCGACGCCCUUUGUAACAGAGACAGUGGGUGGUGGCUGGCACACUUACGACAUCUUCUCCAAACUCCUCAAGGAACGAAUCAUCUGCCUAAACGGUGAAGUCGACGAAACAAUGUCCGCCUCCAUCGUCGCCCAACUCCUCUUCCUCGAAGCCGAUAACCCGCAGAAACCAAUCCACCUCUAUAUCAAUUCCCCCGGAGGAUCCGUAACAGCCGGCCUCGCAAUCUACGACACAAUGACCUACAUCGCCUCCCCCGUCUCAACAAUAUGCGUCGGGCAGGCGGCCUCAAUGGGCUCUCUACUUCUCUGCGGCGGCCAAGCCGGCCAGCGCUACUGCCUCCCGCACUCAUCGAUCAUGAUCCACCAGCCAUCCGGCGGAUACUUCGGCCAAGCGACCGACAUUGCGAUCCACGCAAAGGAGAUCCUGCGCGUGCGGCAUCAGUUGAACCAGAUCUACAAGCGGCACCUGACGAGCAAGAAGGAGAUGUCGCUAGACGAGAUUGAGAAGCUGAUGGAGCGGGACUACUUUAUGGGCGCGCGGGAGGCGCUGGAGCUGGGUAUCAUUGAUGAGAUUUUGGAUCGUAGGGUUAAGACUGGGGCUGAGGGAGAGAAGAAAGAGCAGUAG